AUGCUCCAAAAGAAAAAAACAGAAGUAUAUGCUUUAGGUCAACAUAUAUCUAUGUCUGCUGACAAAGCACGAAGAGUAAUUGAUCAAAUUCGUGGACGUUCCUAUGAAGAAACACUUCUGAUACUAGAACUAAUGCCCUAUCGAGCAUGUUAUCCUAUUUUUAAAUUAGUUUAUUCUGCAGCAGCAAAUGCUACUUCCAAUAUGGGGUCGAAUGAAGUCAAUUUAUUCAUUAGUCAAGCCGAAGUACACGAGGGGACUACCAGAAAGAAAUUUAAACCCCGGGCUCGAGGGCGUAGUUCACCGAUAAAAAGACGUACCUGUCAUCUAACUAUUGUAAUGAAAGAUAUAUCUUUAGAAGACCAAGAUAUAGAGACAAAUUCAUUAAAAAAAAACCUAGAGGGAAAAAAUAGUAGUGGAGGAAUAUGGGACAAAAAAUAA